UAUAUAUAAGUUAAUACUAAACAUCUAGAGAAAUCAUUGAGAGAUUUGGAAACAUCCAAAAAAUACAAGACUUAGAAAUUUCACCAAAUAGUGAUACAAACAAGAACAAUCUUUUAUAACAAUUUCUCACUCAUUUCGCUUUAGAUUUUUAUUAUAUUCUUUCUUUUUUUUAUAACAAAUCUCAUUACAAUAAAAAGGUCAAAAGAAGAAAGGUCGAGCUCUUUCCGACCGUUCGUGGAACACAACUUAACAAUGGUGGAUUCUUCACUUGGUUCGGACAAGGAGAAGAAGGGAGGAACUAAGCAGCCAGUGUAUCGUGGAGUACGCAUGAGGAGCUGGGGAAAAUGGGUAUCUGAGAUCCGUGAGCCACGUAAGAAGUCUAGGAUCUGGCUCGGGACUUUUCAGACGGCGGAGAUGGCCAUGCGUGCUCAUGACGUGGCGGCUCUGAGCAUUAAAGGAUCUUCCGCCAUUCUCAACUUCCCUGAGCUCUCUGAUUCUCUGCCACGUCCCGUUUCUCUCAGUCCUCGUGACGUCAGAGCUGCGGCGACUAAAGCGGCUCUCAUGGACUUUGGAACGAAGCAGGUAUGUCAAAGGUCUGAGAGUGAGAGUAAUGAAACGGCGGCGUUUGAUAAAGGGACAGAGAGCGAGAGUAACGAGGCAGCGUCGAGUAAGAGUUCGGAGAGUAGUGAAACGGCGUCGUCGUGUGUGACGAGCAUUGACGAGGAGAGUACAGUCUCGGAUGAUUUGGAGAAAAUAGUCGAGCUGCCGAGUCUAGGAACGAGUUUAGACGAGUCGAACGAGUUCGUGUUUUUUGACACGUUGGAUGAUUUGGUCUUCAUGCCGACAUGGUUACACGGUGGUCCGGAAGAUGAUUUUACGUAUAAUAAUGAUUCUCCUUUGAACUCAGUUUUCGAUGAAAGCUUUUCUUUAAAACAUUUUCCCUAAAAAAAACUUUGUAAUUUUAAGCUCUUUUUGUUUUGUUUUGUUUUGUUGCGUUUUUAGUUUCCAUGGGAAUCUCUCUGUUAUUUCUUUUUUUCACAUUGCGUGAUGAGAUAUCUCUAUAAGAUGGUCAGGUCAGGUGCUGCAGUGGCAUUGAUGACGUUUUUGUUAUUCUCCUUGUUUAGUCGGUGAAAUGAAAGCUAAUGAAAUGUAAGUGUUUAUAUUAUUGGGGUUUAGCCGAGAUAAUGACAUUAGUGUUUGCGUUUUUUAAAACCUUGCAAUUUUUCAUAUGCGUCCAGGAUUAAUAUAAAUUCUACUAUUUGAAAUAGUAACGUGGCCCCCUCCUACAGCUUUGAAACGCGAUGUUUUCUAACUUUUUACAUACCCAUUGUUGGCAUUGUUAGCACAAAAUUUUUUUUUUUGACAUUUAUUAGCUGGAAGAAGUAAACCAUAAGGUACUUGAUUAUUGGAAAAAAAUGAAUGGUGUAUAAGUAAUGCAUUAGUUAAAGCUUCUCUAUAAAUUAAAUACUUUGAGAGUAAUACUCACAUCUAACGUGCAUGGUGUACCAUAAAACGAAACAUUUUUCUUGCGGUUGGGGUACUAGAUUAAUCUUAAUUUAAUAAAAGUUACGUCAUUAACUAAUCUAUUAAAUUUAGUCAAUAUUAGGGUUCGGGUAAUCGAAACACCAUUUUUCAUUUGUGUUUAUAUUAGUAUGUUUUUUUCCUAAGUUUUC